GAAACGGUUCCGGGUCGCCGUCGGGAGCCAACAUGGAGCCCGCCGGGCUGGCGGGGCCUCGCUGAGCGAGAGCCGGGCCGCAGCGGGGUCGUGCCGCCACCAUGUCGUUGGGCGAGUACGAGCGGCACUGCGACUCCAUCAGCUCCGACUUCGGCAGCGAGUCCUCGGGCAGGGGCGGCUCCCGCGGCGGCGGCGGCGUUCCCGGCGAGCAGGAGGAGCUGCACUACAUCCCCAUCCGCACCCUGGGCCGCGGCGCCUUCGGCGAGGCCACCCUCUACCGCCGCACCGAGGAUGACUCGCUUGUAGUGUGGAAGGAGGUGGACCUGACCCGGCUGUCAGAAAAAGAGCGUCGUGAUGCUUUGAACGAAAUUGUUAUCCUUGCGCUGCUGCAGCAUGAGAACAUCAUUGCGUACUACAAUCACUUCAUGGAUAACACCACGCUGCUGAUUGAGCUGGAGUACUGUAAUGGAGGGAACCUCUACGAUAAGAUUCUGCGACAGAAAGACAAGUUAUUUGAAGAAGAGAUGGUGGUUUGGUAUCUCUUCCAAAUUGCAUCAGCUGUGAGCUGCAUUCAUCGAGCAGGAAUUCUUCACAGAGAUAUCAAGACAUUAAAUAUCUUUCUAACCAAGGCAAACCUGAUUAAAUUGGGAGACUAUGGAUUGGCAAAGAAGCUGAAUUCCGAGUACUCUAUGGCUGAGACUCUGGUGGGAACUCCAUAUUACAUGUCUCCAGAGCUCUGCCAAGGUGUGAAGUACAACUUCAAGUCAGAUAUUUGGGCUGUAGGCUGUGUCAUCUUUGAGCUGCUUACUCUGAAGAGGACAUUUGAUGCUACUAAUCCCUUGAACCUUUGUGUGAAGAUUGUACAGGGAAAUCGUGCCAUGGAGGUUGAUUCCACUGUUUACUCCUGGGAGCUGAUCCAGAUGGUGAAUUCCUGCCUUGAUCAGGAUCCAGAGAAGAGACCCACUGCAGAUGAAUUGCUGGAACAUCCCCUUCUCAGCAAACGCAGGAGGGAGAUGGAAGAGAAAGUCACACUGCUUAAUGGGCCAAAUAAACGACCGAGGUCAAGUACCAUGAAUGAGGCUCCCAUUGCAGUGGUGACUUCGCGCACUAGUGAUGUGUAUGUGUGGGGGGGUGGGAAGUCCACCCCCCAGAAGCUGGAUGCCAUCAAAAGUGGUUGCAGUGCACGCCAGGUGUGUGCUGGUAACACUCACUUUGCUGUGGUCACAGUGGAGAAGGAGCUCUACACCUGGGUGAAUAUGCAGGGGGGCACCAAGUUGCACGGGCAGCUGGGACAUGGCGACAGGGCCUCCUACCGACAGCCGAAGCAUGUUGAGAAGCUUCAGGGAAAAGCCAUUCGCCAGGUGUCCUGUGGAGAUGACUUCACAGUGUGUAUCACAGAUGAGGGCCAGGUUUAUGCCUUUGGCUCGGACUAUUACGGAUGCGUUGGCGUUGACAAGACUUAUGGGUCUGAAGUGCUUGAGCCCCUGCAGCUGGAUUUCUUUCUUACCAAUCCUGUGGAGCAGGUCUCAUGUGGAGAUAACCACGUGGCAGUGUUGACCAGGAACAGAGACGUUUACACAUGGGGCUGUGGAGAGUAUGGACGCUUGGGCUUGGAUUCAGAAGAAGAUCACUACACCCCUCAGAAGGUGGAUGUUCCAAAGACCUUAAACAUUGUGUCUGUUCACUGUGGCUGUGAUGGGACUUUCCUGCUCACCCAGACAGGCAAAGUGUUGGCAUGUGGACUCAACGAAUUCAACAAGCUGGGACUGAAUCAGUGUACAUCAGGGAUUAUCAACCAUGACACAUACUGUGAGGUCCCAUACGCCACUUCCCUUACCUUGGCCAAGCAGCUGUCCUUCUACAAGAUCCGCACCAUUUCUCCAGGGAAGACACACACAGCUUCCAUUGAUGAGCGAGGCCGCCUGCUGACCUUCGGCUCCAACAAGUGCGGACAGCUUGGUGUUGGGGACUAUAAGAAGCGCCUGGGAAUUAACCUGCUUGUAGGCCCCUUGGGGGGUAAGCAGGUGAUCAGGGUUUCAUGUGGAGAUGAAUUCACCAUAGCUGCUACUGACGACAACCAUAUCUUUGCCUGGGGUAACGGCGGGAAUGGGCGUCUGGCAAUGACAUCAACUGAGAGAGCUCAUGGCUCAGAUAUUUGUACCUCAUGGCCUCGGCCAAUAUUUGGAUCAUUGCAUCACGUUUCAGACCUGUCGUGCCGUGGCUGGCACACCAUCAUUAUUGUUGAAAAGGUGUUGAACUCUAAAACAAUCCGGUCCAACAGCAGUGGCCUGUCUAUUGGUACUGUGGCUCAGAGCUGUGCAACUGGAGGAGGAGAGGAAGAAGAUAAUGAACAGGAAGCAGAGACCCCCAAUCCCAGUGGAGGCUUUCGGGGAACCAUGGAAGCAGAUCGUGAGCUGGGGGGCUGGAUCAGCACCACAGAAGCUAAGGGAGGCAACAGUGCAGACAGCAGCUCUUGCCCUGGCUGGCUGCAGAAGGAGCUGGAGAACGCAGAGUUCAUCCCCAUGCCUGACAGCCCCUUUCCUCUGAGCAUGGCAUCUUCAGAGCCUGAGAAGGAGACUCUCCCUUACCAGAAACUUCAAGGACUCAAAGUGACCUCUGAGGAUCCUGUUGGAUUAGACAAGCCCAUAAUGGAGCCGUGGCCUCCUUGCCUGAGCCCAGCCUCGCCGUGCGGGGAAGGGCCGGCCGCGUCUCCUGCUGCGGGCUGCACGUGCAGCGCUCUGCGGGCAGAGGUGACACACCUCCGGGGCCUGGUCCUACAGUGUCUGGAUGAUCAGAAGAAGCUGCAGCAGGAAACAGUUCGUCUGAGCGCCCGACUCCAGCAGUUCUGCCAGGGGAAGGAGGCGAUGCAGCAGGUGGAAGUUCAUUCCAAAGGGACACAGACAGCCAAAGAAGAGAUGGAAGUGGAUCCGAAACCUGACUUGGAUUCAGAUUCCUGGUGCCUCCUGGGAACGGACUCGUGCCGCUCCAGCCUCUAGUCUCCUGAGCCCACUGGGAUCCGUCUUAACUUCACAGCACACUAACCGAACGCAGAGAGCGGCUUUCCUGGCUUCGGGUCACUCGCAGACAAG